GAGAGAAAAGCGAGCUGCAGGCCUUUCCACGGGGACAAUCUAGCAGAAAGCAGUCUCGCAGUUAUUCCUUUCUCACUCCCUCUUUUUCUCUCUGCUUGGCUCUCUCUCUCUCAACAUCCUAACGCCAAUUGAUUUGUGUAUGAAAAGCUGGGUGCUUUUCACCCCCCUUUCGGGCUGUGCUUUUUGAGUGAUCAGCUGAUGAAGAGACUGGCUGCACGCUGCAAUGCUGGUUUGCUAAUUCUCUCUCCUCCAGACUGGAGCCAGCCUGGAGACCACAGUCAGUCUCAGGGCAUCCAAAACGGAGUGUCUGAGGUUAUGGAGGAGGAAAGCAACUUCAAGAAACGAAAAAGCGAUCAAAGCAACCAGGGCUCUGAGACUGGUCAGGAGUUGGUGGAGAAGGUCAAAAAGCGACGAGGUCGUCCUCCUGCUGAGAAACUACCUCCCAACCCUCCCAAGCUCACAAAACAAAUGAACACAAUCGUGGAUAUGGUCAUCAAUUACAAAGACAUAUUGGGCCGACAGAUUAGUAAAGGUUUUGUCCAGCUGCCUUCAAGGAAAGAGGUGCCAGAGUACUAUGAGCUCAUCCGCAAGCCAGUGGACUUCAGGAGGAUUAGGGAGAGAGUGCGUAAUCACAAAUACAGGUGCAUUGCAGACCUGGAGAAGGAUAUCAUGCAGAUGUGUCACAAUGCUCAGACAUUUAAUCUGGAAGGAUCUCAGAUCUUUGAGGACUCCAUUGUAUUGAAGUCGGUUUUUGAGAGUGCAAGACAGCGCAUCGUUGAACUCAGCGAGGAAGACAGUGAUGCUGUUGGAAGCAGUGAGGCAGAUGGUGGUGAUCAUUUACAUCUAGAGUCUUCUAUUUCAGAGACAACCAAUCCCAAGCUUAGUGAACAAAAUGAGAGAAAUACUACAGGUCCUAGUGAUUCCGGUCCAAAUGAGAAGGUUACAAACAGUGAUGAAGACAAAGAAUGGCAAAGAAUGUGAGACCACACAGGAGGACUAUUGAAUUGGACCCACAAAUGAGCCUCAUUCUUUGAACAUUGUAUGCCAUUAUAAGAAAAUUGUGUGGCCAUUUAAGUCCAAUUUUCCUUGAUGUUUUGCUCAAGGAUUCACAAAGUGAUCCCCCCAUUAAUUGGUAUAACUUUAUAAUAUAUUUGUAUUCUGAUAACAGCAUUGGUACUACUGUGAUUUUGCAGUGAUGCAUCUGAAAUUUGCAUUGUUUUCAUGUAUUUACAACAUGUCCAAAAAGUCCAUAUGAUACCAUAAACAAGAUAUCGAUAGGUAUCAUGGUCAAAAUAAUGAAGGUAUAAAUUCAGACUGCCUGAAAAGUAAAUUUUCCAGAGGAUGACAAAUUAUGAUAUUGUAUGAUAAUUUAAACAGAUCCAUUCAGUCUUUCAAGAUGGGAUAAGCUGUGCUAAAUUUGCAAGCAGUUAUGACUCUGUUUCAGAGAGUUUUUUAUCAUUGGUUUGUGACUGAGCACUUUGUCGCCUCCUCUUUGUACGUUUCCAUUUCCUUAAUUAACAGUCAGCAUCUUUAAAACAGCCACAAUUUUAUAUCCAAAAGCUCCUUAUCAUACUUUAGUCAUCACAAGAUUUUAACUGUAUGUGCACAGAAGAGCUUGGAGCAUGAUAGUGAUGUAUUCUUUGGUGACAGUUAAUGCCCUCAAAGAGAGGCACCCAUUGAUGAUGUUGUCAAGUUUGUGUUAAGCUUAAAAUGGAUGGAAAAAGUGGUUUUUGGACAGAUUCUGAAAUAAAUGUUUGAGGUUUAUAUGAUGUGA